UUCAUUGGUUGCAACACACACUGACUGCAGCUCCUCCUAUUUCUAUACCAUGAAGCUCAAGUCUGGCUAGUUUUUUAUAACGAGCUUGUGUGGCAUAUUAUUCUGCGAUUACAGCACUUCCUAGCCCCCUCCUCUCCAAACACUUCGUAUGAGAUGCAAAAUUCAAGUGCUCGGAUAAAGCUGCAGUCACAGCACUGGAGAGGAGAGAGAAGAAUUGCAGGCUGUGUCAUUGGGAGCUGAUAUUUGUAACGAGUCUGUCUCCAAUCGCUAUGUAACCUGAUAUUCUCAUCUGCUGCAUCUAAUUCAAGACAGUGCUGUACCGAGAGGAGACUACAAGAACACGGCUCUUCCAAGAUACAUUGCAGAAUACUAUGCUUGCACCUUCCCACCUACAUCUUCACCUGGAAAAUGAUCCUUAAAUGCAGUCAGGUUUUUAGUAGAAGAAGCGUCAGUGCCAUAUGCAGCACUGAAUCGGUGCAGUGAUGCUAUUUCACAAUGAAGUCUCACCUCUGAUUGCUUGCUGUCCCUUUCUGUUGUUCUGCAUUAUUUGCAGAUAGCUGUUGACUGACAUUUGUGGGUUUGAUUUUUUUCUCUCUGUGGAUCGGAUAUAUGCUUCAUGGACACCUGUGUGAGGAGGGAGCAGCUUGAAUAAUGAUUGAUAUGAAGAGCUGAUUGCAGACUAGCAGUGUGUUUGGUUAAGUGCACUAUACACACCGGAUUAUCUGUGCAGUCUGCUCACCCAGGGCCCCCAUGAGCAGAGGAGCCACCCUCCAGCGCAGGACCACCUACCACAUCUCAUUGACCCUGGUCAAACUUGAGGCUGUGGGAGAAGAAAAGAAGGGAGAAAACACUGAGGUACACAGGAGACAUGACACCCCCUCACUUGGCAGCACCCCAGGGCUGGUCCACUGUCUUUCACUGGAUAGGGAGUUCCCAGAUGUUUGGGCAUGGGGAGGGCUCUCUUCUGGUACCGGGGUGAAGGAUACCUCUGGAAUCUCUGGAGCCAGCACAUUGGUAGACAAAGGCAAUGCAGGAGCUGGUGAAGGGAUAACGCUGGGUUCUCAGUUGAUUGAGGGGCUUAGCAAUGUACCUCCACCAGUAUCCACCAAGAAAGACCAGACAGGAACAGGGGUACCUGUUCCACAACACAAGGAAACUGAUAAAUUCAAUAAUGUAGUUCCAGGAGAGAAAGAUACAGAUGUAUCAGUUAUUUCAGACCUUACACCAGUUACGACAGACACUGGGAUAUCCAGCACAGGACCAGUGGUACAAGCAGAAAGCUCUACAGGAAUAUCAAGCAACAUUUCCCAUGCAACAUCAGUUAGCGAUACUAAGACAUCCAGCACUACAGCUCCAGUAUCAGGAUUAAAGGACUCUAGAAUAUCCAGCACUACAACUCCAGCAGCAGGAGUAAAUGAUUCCAGGACAUCUAGUACUGCUGCUCCACUACCAUCAGUAAAAGACUCUAGGCUAUUGAGUUCUACAGCCCCAGGACAAAGAAUAAAGGACUUCAGAGCACACAGCACCGCAGGCCCAGUACCAGGAUUAAAGGACAUUAGAUCAUCCAGCUUUGCAGGUACUGUAUCAGGAGGCAAGGAAUUAAGAACACCUACCACCUUUGGAAUAAAGGAAUAUAGGACAGCCAGAACUGGAGCCCCACCACCACCUGUAAGAGAUAGUAGGACAUCCAUCACUUCAGUCCCAAAACCAGGAGUAAAGGGCACCGGAACUUCUGUCACACCAACCCCAGCACUUGAAUUAAAGGACACAGCAACAAUCAACAUUGCAACUGUUGUACAUGGACUAAGGGAGACAGUGACACCAAGCUCUAUAGCUCGGGUAUCUGGAGUGAGAAACAAUGUAACAUCCACCAGUGUAACCCCAGUAUCAGGUGUGAGGGAAGCUCCCAGCAUUUCAACUCAGAGAUCUGAUGUGACAUCAAGAAUUGCAGUUUUGGAUGGAGUAACUACUAGCACGACAGCCCAGGUAUCUGAAUCAAAUGAUUUAACUAACAUUUCUGCCCCUGUAAAUGGAUUGGAGGACAAAGAGAAAUCCUGUACUCCAUCUGCAGCAGUAGUAAAGGAUACUUCCAGCACUGUAACCGCUGAAGUCAGAACAGAGGCCACUGCAAAUUCAAAUACUGCAGUCCAGGCACAAGGAUUAAAAGACUCCAGAACACCAAGCACCGGAACAUUUGUAUCUAUGGGUCAAAGAGACUUUCCAUUUGGUGGAGCUAGGGUGAUUCGUGGAUCCCUCAUCAGGAGACCAGCCCUUGAUUCAGACAUCUCAAGAGAUUCAGUCAGUGGCCUUGCAGUUCCAGUGCAUGGGGCCCGAAUUACAAAAAGUAUCAGCACAGAUGUACCAAUCUCUGAAGCCAAGGUGGUCCUGCAAAGUUUCAAGGCUGUGAAGAUGCCAACUCAAUCCUCUGAAACAACAUCACAAGCUGCAGGGGCUCCAGCUCUACCUGAUAAACCCUGCAAGACCACAGAUUCUACAGAGAAACCAUGCGCUGCUCUUUCCAGUGCACCUCGAAUAACUGCUCCUCCCAUCAGUGCAGCACGGACUGCCGCAGCUCUUUUCAAUGCAUCUCGCUCUGGAGGAGCCCCUGUGACGGCUGCAAAACCUAGCGAGGCUAAAAUCAUUGCUGCGCGAAGUGCAGCUAGAGGAGUAAGAGCUGCUUCUGCAGGAGUGUCAGCUAAUGACCCAACUGGAAAUAAAGUGAACAGCACGGUGUUAGUGAGCGAAAGGGCACACACUGUGGAUACUGGUACAUAUCCUGGGGCAAAAACCAAUGUCACUGGACACAAAACACCAACUCUUGGGACUACGCACAGCACAGGUAUAAAAACAUCAAGUCUUGCUUCCAGACCUGUAAGUUCUUCAGGUGAGAAUAUUCCAACCAUUCCAACCAGGAUUAAAACAUCAGUCACAGCCAAAGUACCAGUUUCUGGCAUUGGCACAUAUCCUGGUGCUAAAGCCCCAGUUGGAGGAACUAUUAAAUCUACAGAGAGUAAAGCAAUAGUGGAUAGCAUAGGAGAAGUCUCAUUUACAGAGAAAAAGCAAAGUGCAAUACUAGGUCCUCUAGUGCAAUCUCCUGUCUUCUCCCCUGCACUAUCACUGCCCCUUCCUCCUGGAGCCUUGGCUUGUCUGCCAGGGGAGGAUGAAGAUCUCACCCCAGACAGCGAGGAAGCUGCUAAAAGCAAGAGGCAGGAGAGACUCUUCCAACGACAAGAUGCAAUGUGGAUCAGCACCAGUGUCACAUCAGACUAUUUUCUCAACUCUCCAGGUCGCAGUCCACGCCAUGAUACCAGCCCUACUUUCUUCUCUGGGCCCCGCUAUUCCUUUAGUUCACCUGCAAGUCCACUGCUCCCCGCUCCUGGUACUCCAUACCGGGAAGCUCCUGUAUUUGUAUCCCUCACGGUAAGCCCAGACCGUGCUGGGACAGAGCCCAAGGCUAAAGCAUUGAGUAUCUCUGGUUUCAUAGGCCAGCCGGCUGCCCCAGAAUUUGUGAAACCACCUCCUGUGCUCCUCACUCCAUGCAAAGAAAAAGGCAACAAGCUCUUAAAACUGAGCAAGGCCUCCAAGAGUCAAGUGGAGAAAUCCUCAGAGCAACAAGAGCGAAAUCUCAGCCAGAAGAGUGGCUCAAACCGUCUGUCAUGGCCUGAAAAUGAAGGAGGCAAAAGCCGCUCUAAAUCAUCCACAAAGAGUAGUCCCAGGGCAGAGACACCUAAAUCCUCAGGGGGAGGCAAGAACCUUCUAUCCCCAUCCACCUGUGACCCCAAGGCCUUCAGGAAAGGCAAAAGCAAAACUGUGGACAACAGUGAUCUGGAUCCACAAUUAGAAGAUGUCAAGAAGGGUCGCGAGGGAACUUCCCCUUCUGGAGAUAAAGCAAGGGCUUCCGCAGCCAGGGACAGAAAAAUGCUGAAGUUCAUUAGUGGGAUCUUCGCUAAGAACACAGCCUCAGUGUCCACUACUGUGCCUCCCAGUGGACUGAGUCCAGGGGAUGAGAGAGACGCAGCACACAAAUGUAUAAUAAACAGCCAAGAAUGGACUCUGAGUCGCUCGGUACCUGAAAUCAGAGUGGGAGUUGUUGGAAGCAUUAAAAGUGCAAAGUCUGCCCUUGUACAUCGCUUUGUCACCGGUUCUUACCAAGCCCUAGAAGCUCCUGAGAGUGCUCAGUUCAAGAAAGAAAUCAACGUGGAAGGCCAGAGCUAUCUCCUGUUGAUUAGAGAAGAAGCUGGACCUCCGGAUGCCAAGUUUGCAAACUGGGUGGAUGCCGUAAUCUUCGUGUUCAGCCUUGAGAAUGAGGCUAGCUUUCAAGACAUGUUCCAGUACUAUGCUCUCCUGGCAAACUACCGUAGUGUCGGUGACAUCGCUGUGGCUCUGGUGGGAACUCAGGACAAAAUUAGUGCUAACAACAAAAGAGUGAUCGAGGAUGUACGGGCUAGAACUUUGUGCAAUGACAUGAAGCGCUGUAUGUAUUAUGAGACAUGUGCUACAUAUGGGCUUAAUGUCGACAGGGUGUUUAAUGAAGUUGCCCAGAAGACCAUAGCUCUGAAGAGGCAGCAGCAGUUAUUGUCCUGCAAAUCCCUGCCCAGCUCUCCAACUCAUUCUGGGGGUUCCACGCCAAUAUCGGUUCAGACCAGCAACGGAGGACCUGGAAAUGACUACUCCUCAUUGCCAUCCACUCCAAACAUCAGUCACAGAGAGCUCCGGAGUGAGAUUUCUAUAGGAGUCAGUACACCUGGCUCACUACAUCGGGGUGCUAAGCGGCGCACAAGCCUUUUUGCAACCCGGAGGGGAAGUGACAUGGAAAAGAGAAGUUUUGACAGCCGAGGGGAACACCCAAGCAGUGGACGGGCUCUGCCAAUUAAACAGAGUUUUUUAAUGAAACGUAGUGGGAACUCUUUAAACAAAGAAUGGAAGAAAAAGUAUGUCACACUGACAAGCAAUGGAGUGUUGUUCUACCAUCCCAGCAUUAAUGAUUACCUACACAGUACACAUGGGAAAGAGAUGGACUUAUUGCGUACCACAGUAAAAGUACCAGGGAAAAGGCCGCCAAGAGCCACCUCAACAUGUUGCCCAUCACCCAGCAGUAAUGGCCUUCUGAAGGAUGUGAGUCCAUCAGUUGCAGAUACAGCAGUUCCUAAGGUGCCAACAACGAAGAGCAGCUCUACGGGGGAUGUAGUAUCAAGUCCUUCCAGUAAUAAGGAACCCCCAGCCUCUCCAAUGAGUGACAAAAGGAAGAACAAGAAGAAGAAGAACAUGACUCCAUCAAAAACAGAAGGUUCAUCUGGACAAGCAGAUGCCAAGCGCAAAAUGUGGAAACUAAAAACCUUUGGUAGUUUAAGAAAUAUUUAUAAAACAGAAGAGAACUUUGAAUUCAUUAUUGUCUCUAGUACUGGUCAGACGUGGCACUUUGAAACCGGCAGUUUUGAAGAAAGAGAUUCUUGGGUACAUGCUAUCGAAAGCCAGAUCCUUGCCAGUCUACAGUGCUGUGAAAGCAGUAAAAACAAGGCACGAAUGGACAGCCAAAGUGAAGCUGUAGCUAUCCAGUCCAUACGGAAUGCUAGAGGGAAUUCGUUCUGUGUGGAUUGUGGAGCACCAAAUCCCACCUGGGCAAGCUUGAAUCUGGGUGCCUUGAUCUGCAUUGAAUGCUCGGGAAUCCAUAGGAACCUUGGAACACAUUUGUCUCGGGUCCGCUCCCUUGAUCUAGAUGACUGGCCUCUAGAGCUGACACUUGUGCUUACAUCUAUUGGCAAUGAAAUGGCCAAUAGUAUUUGGGAGAUGACAACGCAAGGAAGGACUAAACCACAUCACGACGCCACUAGAGAAGAGAGGGAAUCCUGGAUCAGGGCAAAAUACGAGCAACGAUUAUUUCUGGCUCCUUUAAAGAGUCCAGGUGUACCUUUGGUGAAGCAACUCUUCAGAGCAGUACAGGAGAAAGAUCUUGGCAAUGUGCUACUUCUCUUGGCACAUAGCAACAAGGAGCAAAUCAAUGGGAUAACUGGAGACAGAGACAGGCGCACAGCCCUUCACGUGGCCUGUGAAAUACCCCAUGUAGUCAUCACACAACUACUUAUCUGGUAUGGCAUUGAUGUGAAGUCUCGGGACAGCAAUGGCCACACAGCACUUUUUUUUGCUAAAAAAUCUGGAAGUCAAGAGUGCGUGGACAUCUUAUUACAACAUGGCUGCCCAAAUGAGCCAUCGAGUGCCCUGGCAACUCCCAUCUUGAGAAGAAAGAGCAGCUCCACCAGCAUUGCAAGGACUGAUUCUCGAACUGCCCUUGUAUAGCCAACCAUGUCAUUACGUAGAAGAGAUUGACAAAUGUUGGUUGGAAAUAAAUGACUCUGUUCCCGGUGACAGGCUUGUCCAGUUGCGUUUCUGUGCCAAUGUAUGAAUUGUCCUUCUGAUAAAAAGAAAAAUGCUAGUGUAUAUACAGUCAAAAUGUGUAUAUUUUGGAAGAAUCGGUUUGGAGAAUUACCAGCCAUUUUAAUUAUAUUUUCCCCAUUACAGUGUUGACCAUCCUAUCCCACCCUUCCAUGCUUUCUCAUUAUGAUCCAGCCUGGUAGUAUUUAAUGCCUUAAUCCUUACAUUAAUGAAGAAAUUGUUUUACAGUACAGUCCCUAUCUGGCAAUGUUUACAAAAGGUAAAGUUCAUACCAUGCAAUGCACAAAGUUCUUUCCUAUAACCAGUUUUACUGACCAUGGUUAAAAGUUUUUGACCAUGUUAAGGAUUUUUACACCUAGGUGUCUGACUCAUACAUUGUCUGGCAUAGGUCAGCCACCAAUAGUGACCUGAGGUCUUGGAUUAAAAGCUCUGUUACCAAAAUCUUCUGGGGUGCACAGUUCUGUUGAGGUAAACAAUAUGAAAGGUUUGGAAUAGGUUGAAUACAGAAAUAGUACACAAAAGGCUACAUAUGGCACUGUCUCAGAAUCGAAUGUUUGGUAUAAACUGAUUAAAAAAGUAGUAUAAUAUAAUUGAAAAAAUGAGAUAAUAUGAUUAUUUAAUAUAACAUUCCUGGUAUUUUAGAAUAGUUACAGGUAUAUUUAUAUUCAUGACAUUCAAAAUUUAGAUUAUUAAAGGGUCAAGUUUCUUUUCUAUGUCUGACCAUUUCAAAAAAAAUGUUUUGCUUGUGAUUGGAGAAAAUACUUACAAUACAGUUUAAUGAGAUUUCAUACUGGUAAUGUGAAAGAAGGACGUGUAGAUCCGUAUUAACUUGGAAAGGUCUCCUAACCUGAUGUAUGUUAACACCUCAGGGCAGUUACCAUCGGGUCAGCAUUUAAAAUCGAAAUCAUUUUGAAAGCUAUUUGCACUUAGUUGGAAAUAAUGCAAAGAAAGUAGAUUCUUGGUUAGCAAGGAGUGCUCUGUUUGAAAGAUCUCCAUUUAAAAUAGUAUGUUGGGCACCAGUAUUGGUCUGUGUCCUUGUUCAGUGUAAUCCAACUGCAUGAUUCCUGACCAUGGCACUGCCACCCUUAGCAAUGGAGAACAAAAUAUUUGCUGAGCCCCACCACAUGCCCAAGCCCAAGAGCUCUCCGUCUAACUAGUUGAAUGUCUCACUUCUUUUCCUAGCUUUUGCCCUGACAGGUUGUUCUAGGUCCCUGGUGGUGCAGCAGCAGCCAGCGGUGGUGUGAUUCCAUGAAGUGUUACUGUAUUAUUUGGUUACUUUGAGCAACAACAGAGCAAUGAGAGAGAGCUGUGUGCAAUGGGAAAAUCACCAACCCUACAGCAGCCCCUGGGGCACUAGAGACGUUGCACAUACCCAUUACCCAUUACCCGGACAUUGCAGUGCUCUGGUGGUGUUUACAUUUCAUUUAGAGACCCUAAAAUCUCAGGGCUUGGAUAGGAUAGCGAUCCUGCUGAUCCUGACCUCAGUGAUAUAGUCAAGUGGCCAGCUCAGUCUUUUUUCCAUCAGCCCGAACGCCCUUUAAGUCUAUUUUAUUGAAUUCAAUCUACAAUGAAAAGAAAGAUUACUGAAAAUUCUAACAUAACCUAAAAGCACAUAAAAAAAAAAACACCUAAAAGUACAGUCAAUCAAUAUUAAAACGAAGCCCAUUAUAUUAGAGAAACAUUAAAAGUAGAUGUUUGGGAGAAAUGAAGAUCUGGCGCGUAGGAGUAAAUGACAUGUGCUCCUUGUGAAGUAGUCAUUGCAGCACUAUUGUCUCCUAAGCUGAUUGCAUAUCAAAUGGCAGGAAUGCAGUAAAUAAAUUCAAAUUUGCAAUAUAACAAUUUAUAUCUGAGGAAGGUAUGCACACAUCUUAUGGACACUAAAUUAAUAAUUGGUUUAAAAGGAAGAAUAUGUACUAUAUGAACAUCUUUCCAGCUAAAAUAUGGACAAGUAAUUCCCUAUUUUGGAGAUUUGUUCUAUUUGAAUUUUAGAAGAUCCAUGACUCACUUUAGUGUAUAAAAGUGAACAAUGACGUUUCAUCUGGAUCUUUAAUGUUUGUUUUGCAUAAUAAGAUUAUUCUCUUCAUCCUGCCAAUGUUGAGUUUAUUAUGUUUUCGAAUGUGUUCAAGUUAUUUUUGUGAAAAUAUAUUUUAUCUUAUUGGCUUCUCUUCCUGCAUACCGUCUAAGGCAAAAUAUUUAAGGAGCUUCAGUUUGUAACCCCUCAUUUUGCAUUUCUCAACCCAGUAUAUUGAAUUCCAUGAGAAAUCUGAUAAUCAGUACACAGGGUACUGAGAGGAUGAAUGCUAUAGAAUGGGGAGCUAAGUGUCUUACGAUAUUGCAAGCAGAAAGAGAAGCCAAUAUGGCAAGUUAUUCCUUACAUUUGACAAAAAUAACUUGAAACAAGAUACAUAAGAAGAAAUAAAACCUCAGUCUAUAGACAUUAUGAAAAGCAAGACAUUAUGCAGAAAAGAAAACACUAGCUUUGAUGCUGGUAAGAAGCCCUCCUACCCCAAGCAGCCAUUCAGAAAUGCUAUUGGGACUCCCAAACUGCUGUGUGAUUUCACUUCAAUGUUAUAUUGCCUGUGAUAGAUUCACAUGCUAUUUUAUAAUAGCCUUUGUUUCUGUAGUUGUUAAGGCACUGAUUCCAAGAAAGAUCUUAAAUAUUGAGAGUAAUAGAGCAUGUUCUCUCCUUUACAAUAGAAAUGGUGUAGAACCGUUGUUUCCUCAAACAAAGCACUCCAAAUUCUCGCAAACGGCUUAUUAUGUCCUUUCUCCACAGCUAUGUGACUUCAAACACUCUUGUCAAGAAAGCAAUAUCAAUAGAUUAUUGAAAUAGUAUUAUAUAUUAUCAACUACAUGUCCUUACAAAUACAAUUCACAACUGUAUGGACAAACACCCUUAUAUUUAUCAUUAAACAUGACCAAUAGGUUAUUUCAUUGACAAUACGCUAAAUGUACUAAGUAAUGAAAACUUGUCAGUGUUUUCCAUGAGCUUACGUGUAUAUCCAUGUUUUCUUAUUUGCCAUUCAAAAGUACCUUAUCAGCUACCACUCUAACCGGUUAAUUCACCCAGGUGUUUUAAGGGAACAGUUGGAAAUGCAUCCAAUGGAUUAAGGCUGUGAUGGCUACUCUUGACACCCUAAAUGUUUGUGAACUACAUUUCCCAUGAUGCAUUUUUGAAGAUGGAGCUCCCAAAUGUCUGGGGUGUGACAUAGAGCCACCACUGGAUUACGUAGUAGGGUCAAGGAACAAUCAUAUAUCUUUAUAUUAACCUUCAAGCCUUGUAAACAGUGAGUGCUUUGUGCACUUGAAUGUACGAGAAAGGAGUGUUGUUUUUGUAAUACAAUUUAUUUUCUACGUUUGAGUUUUGAAAUCUUAGACCUUAUAAAUAGGCGACCUGCACCCAUGGACAAAGUGGUGAACAUUGUGUUGCCGUGCACAUGAAGGUAUUUAAGUGAUUUUUCUGAGAUAGCUGUUUUAUUUAUAUGUUAACUUGCAUUAUAAGGCAUUUUGGUUGGGUGUUUCUUUUUUCUAUUUUUCAUUAAGUACGGCAGCUUAAUAAUGCAACAUGUGUGAUGUGCGUGAGGCAGUGGUGAAUGUUUGAGACGUGAAAUUCGUGUUCAUUUCUAGUAAUUUGAAACUGUGUAACAUUUCCAGUGGACGGAAGAUAGGUUAUGCUUAAUUAAGCCUUUUGGUACUAAAAGAGUGAUCAACUCAUUGCAUUACAACAGGGCUGGGCAUUAGGUAGUUCUGUAGCUUCCAUUGUAUUGGUAUCCCAGAGCUUAGGGCAAUUGGUUGAGGAUCAUAGGAUUGUACUAUAUUUGGGGAGCUACCUGUUAGCUACCUUUGAUUCUACAGAAGGUUGGUCAAGUGUUGGUCUCCCAGGGUUAUUGAAAUACAAAAUCCAUAGGCAUUUUAUUCUCUUAAUUGCUUUAUUUUUGGCUGUCUACAUUUUGUGGAAUUGUCUCUAACUACUGGUGAUGUGUGCUGAUUACCACUAUACAAAAUGGUUAAAAAGCAGUAUGGCUGCAAAGGAAAUUAAUUUAACCUGUGAAAUCUGAUAAUAUAGUCUUUCCUGACACAAUUUCCAGUAAGAAGUGAAAUUGUGGUUUGGGGAAGCUGUGUUUGUGAUCAGCGUGUAUCUCAUGUGGGCUUGUGUUGUCCUGGACGUAGUGUGCUCACAUAUAAGAUUGGCUUUAUAUGUGCUUUAUGAAAACAGUUGUAAUGUUCAGGACAGUGUAUAAUGACAAGCAUAAACCCAUCUAGAAGUGGGGCCAGUGUCUGGUACUUCAUGGUAGUAAGCAUCAGUAAGAUCUUAAAUUGCUGUUACAUGAAAUUAUACGCAGAUAAUUCCAAAUAUAAGGUAUGAAGUAUUGGGAUUUGGCUUUAUGCUCACUGUUGCAAGAAGAUCUUCAUUUGAGAUAAAACCUGCAUAGACAAAUACAUGUACAAAUAGUAAAUUUCCAUGUAAUAGAAAUGUGCUCUUUAAUAUAAACUGAAAUUAAAGAAUUAUCAUUGUUAAAGAAGCACUCUAAUGAGUAAAUACUAGAAUCACUUCAGCCAGUUGUAGGAGUUAUGUUGCUAGCAGGAUUCUAGUGUUGUGACUUAACCAUGUUUGAGCAGUUGGACACAAACCAAGGAUUUCCCAGAUGCCGCUGACGUUCACUUUCCUUAUCAUAUUAUUAAUGCUAACGUCUGUAAAAUUUGCACGGCGUUGAUUGUCUGAUAGCGUCAGUCAAUGUUGUAAAUUCCAUUGUUGCAAUAUGACAAGUGAGGAACCAUAAUGGUAAUGGGCAACUGAGGAAACAUUGUUAUUUGUCAAACCACUUAAACAUCCCCAAUAACACUGUACCGACUGCAACAUGCCGCCGUGGUUAUGGUGCUUAGACUGCCCCUUUAAUUUAAAAUGUUUUAUCUCCCCAUAACA